AUGUCGGUGCCCUUUCAUUACACUCAACUGACAUCGCAAGAGUUUUUGGCCUAUAUUCAGACAUCUUGGUUGGAGCGUUUCCAGCAGCACUGUGCUGCACGUCGUCUCAGCAGCAGUCGUCGGACAGCGGAGCGUUACGCUCUGAUGACUGCUUUGGACAAGGAGGAGGAUCUGGAAGACGACUCGGCCCCGCCCGUCAUAGAAGGACACGAGGUCGAUGAUGAUUUGCUACUGCAAGAAGAGUUGGGCAAUUUGGAACGUACGCAGUGGCUGGUGGAUGGAGAAGCGCUGCACGAAGCUAUGUUUCGGGAACAAGAUUGGGUGAAGGACACGUUGCAGCGUGUCCGUGACUUUGUGAAUGGUUUGGGAGGUGUUCCGGAUGCGAGAAUUGAUUUGGGAAUCAAAGGCAACGCGGUCAGUGGAUUGGAGCGUAAAUGGACGCUCACGGAAGCCCAAAGGUCUUUGAUGCUGCAGAAGCAAUACUUAGCAUUUUGUGUUGGAGGUGGUGAAGAGGAUGAUGAGAUGAUGGCAGAUCAUGUUUUUCAGCCUUUGCCAGAGACGGAAGAUGCUUUUUUGGUGGAGCUGAACCAGAGGAAGGUGGGUCCGAGCGAUUACGCUUCUGCUUUGCUUGUCGAGCACAGUUUGAAUCGGCAACAGAUUUUGGCGAUCGCGCCCAUUGCUUGGGUGAUGGAACGGAUGUGGCUCAACCGGAGCAAUCCGGACAAUUGCAUUGCGGAUGGUGCCUGCAAGGUAAGGUGCAAUCAGUGCAAUUGUCUUUGGCUGGGAGCUGGUGGCUCCGGAAAGACGUCUGCAUACAGCAAGGACGGUUAUGUUGCUGGUGCUCCAACUCAUGCUGCUGUUCGCCUCCUGGGGCCUGAGGCCAAAACUUUGCACAAGUGGGCCAAUGUGCACAAGAGCAGCAGCUUGGAUCGCCGUUCCUUGCGUUCGGCAAAAAGCAAGGGCAGCCCCAUCGAAAAGAAGAUCGAAGGCAUCAUGGCUAUGCUGUUGGACGAGUUGUCGAUGGUGCCCGCGGAUGUUUAUCAUGCUGCUUCGCUUCGAUUUGCAACUGUUCGACAAUCCCGACUGAUGCUUGACAUGGGUGACUACUUGAAGCAGUGGUUUGGGAAGGUGCCCAUUGGAGUGCAAGUCGCUGACUUUCUACAACUGCGACCCACUGCGCAAUCGUCCUUGUGCAAAUGGCUGGAUGCGCCACGAGCUACUGAUCCUGCGGCGCCUCAAGACCAAAGUGACACUGAAGAGCCCAUGGAGAACGAGGCGACUCAACGCACCAGCAAUGCCUCAGAACUUGGGCGGAUUGCGUUCAAGGAAUCAUUGCAACGAGUUGUGCACUUUGCUGGAUCAGGAGUGUGCAUCUGGACAGCAGCUUGCGAACAUCUGGAGGAUGAAUUGUGGGAAGCUUUGGAAUCUCGAGUGAUCAGCCGAGAGCAACUUCUGUCUGACAGUUCCUUGCGCGCAAGGUUGUUGAAUGCUCACUGGGGCGGCCUUGCGUGGGAACAGGUUGCUCGUUUACAGCAUUUGCGUGUGGCUUGGGAAGCUCAACAGAGGUCCACAACUCUUUUCUUGGUGCAAGCCAUUGAUCGCGCCUCGGGGCCCACAGAGUUGACAAGGGAGCAGAGCCUGAAGGCAUUUUCAGGUUGUGAACAUGACUAG